AUGGCGAAGCCAAUGCUCGGCCUUGUCGUAGUUGUGGCUGCACUUGUUCUGCUCGGUAUCUCUCUCUCAUCUAUUUAUUGUCGUGUAUCUACGUGACUACGUAUCUAACUUUUGGCUUCUGUUUCUGCGUUCUAGCUGAUCCGUUGAGGGUAAUGCGAUUCCUUAUUCUUUAAUCUCAUUUUAUCUCCAGUUUCCGCGAAGAAGUCGGCUGACGUGACCGAGCUGCAGAUCGGUGUGAAGGUACGGAGUAUAAAGGAAACGAAUGGAACACCUGUGCUCUAGAUUCAUUCACUAGUAAUGGAUUUCUAUUUAAUCUAAAGCAUUUUUUUUUACUGCUUUUUCUGUAGAGCCGUGUCGUUGAUUAUGUGUGACGUACAUAGCGUUAUAGUGAAUAGGAUUGUGGAUGAUUGAACUUGCUUUCUUAGAGAGCCAUCCAUUUCCUUUUUUCUUCUGAGGAUGACGCGGGUUAUUUAAAUUGGCUAGUAAUUCUUAAACAAUGAUCUACACAUUUGUAAUGCCUUUUUCAAUUAUGACGCAGGACUCUAUUUGGAUGACGCUGUGUUUUUUUUUUCCUUUAAUACUUCCGCAUGCUUCUCUGUUGUACUCAAGUCUUAUCUCAGUAACGAUAACAUUUUCUUACGGUUUGCUUUCAUAGAUUCUGAAAAGGUAUCCACCAUUUUGUGCUUCACGCCUUGAAACCUUUGAAUAUCAAGUUCCAGUGUAUAUAGAUACUUAUUUUGUUAAUUAAUAUGAUACAAAUUAAGGGAGUAAAAACUACUUUUGUGUUCACUUUAUUGCCCAUUUAGUCAAAGAAAGAAUGUCAACUAAUGCGUUUCAGUCUACUGAGCUCCAUUGGCGAAUGUUAAUCAUUAAAUCAAAGAGCUAAUGACAAUAUUAAAUAUAUUGAUCCCAAUAUUCUGUGAAAGCUGAAGAAAAUUAAUUCUGAUUUCAUGUCGUAAAGGCAUUUCUGGUGAUACAGCUUCACGAUGGUUGCUUACAUCUGUGUGUGUUUUUUAUAGCGCUUCAUGCUUCAUCAUUGUUAACAAAUUUAUAAAUAUUGAAUUUUUGAAAAUAAUAUCCUUGUCUUUCAAAUUAAGAUAGUGGAUUUUGAUUGAAUUAGUAAAUAUCAACUCUUAUGUAUAGUCACCUUGCCUCAAUAUUCUCUUAACUUUGGUCAUACGUCCACCAUGGCUUGAAAAUCUGGUGCACUAGACGGUAUCCUGAUGAAGCUGGAUUGGGUAUCGGUGGUAGUGCUGUCUAAAAUGUUCAUCCUACUUAGAUUUAUGAUUCAGCCAGGAUUUUCCUAGACUAGCAUAGAUCAUUGCCUGGCUUUCAAGUCCCCUACUCCCUAGAUAAUAUUUAAUGUCAGUUUUUCUAAAAAAUUUUCCUUUUAAGAUUUCCCUGAAUUCUUUAGUACUCUCUGGAAAUCCACUUUUCUUGAAACUGUAGGACUCGACAUCUUCUUGCUGUAUGAUUUAGGCCUGAAAAUUUUAGAUUUAUGGGUGUAGAGUUGUCUUCUGCUGUUGCUUGCAUAUGUUUGUCGUGAACUCUGUUAUGUUUUGUAUGAGGAUUCACUUUCCAAUUUUAGAGUAAAGGUUCUCUAAUUCCAUUUUCAAUGAAUGAAAUGAAACCUCAAGACUGGUUAUCUGGUUGUUUUUAUGAUUAUGACUGGAUAGUGGCAGUAUUCUGUUUUUUUGGGAUGGAGCUAUCUUUUAAGAGUGAGCUAUACAUAUUUCAUACCUAGAUCCUCUUUUCCAUUUUUGAUCACUUUGUCACAUCCAUUUCACUGGUUUCUUCUUCAUUUUUUCUACUCCAGGAAUAAUCAUUGAAAUACAAAUCUAGAUUCAUGUCAAAGUUACCACAUGCAUCAUGAAGAACCAUUUAUUGGUUUCUUCUUCAUUCUUUCUAUUUCGUUUUGUGGAAGGUCCGUUCUCAAUUGAAUUUAAUUUCCUGUUUUACUUAAACUUAUUUAUUAGAUGCUUGCUUAUCUUCCUCAUUCAACCGCAUAAUCCCUUAAGAUAAAACCUGCCUUUUUAUAGUUUAAUACAACAAUAUUCCGAUAGUGACCACAUUUGCUUUCUAUGAAUCUAUGACGCUUCCUAUUGUUCUGAGCAUAAACUUCCAAUUGCCUUUGUUUUAUAAAACGCAAAUGCUCAGAAAUCAAAAUUAGAAAUAGUUCAAUUUUUUUCGUUGACGCAUAAUAGAAAUAUUAUUCACUUUCGAUAACCUAAUUUUUUUUGAGAUUUAUCUUGCAGUACAAGCCAGCUUCCUGCAGCAUCCAGGCACAUAAAGGCGACAGAAUCAAAGUACAUUACCGUGUAAGUGGAUAAUCUAUAACCAUUCAGGGGUUCGACUUGUGAAUUAAAGGAUGUUGUUAUUUUUAUACAUCUUCGGGUUCAAAAUAAAACAUCCCAGUUCUUAUCCUCUUGCUUUAAUAUGGAUAGGUGCUUGGUGACACAAAUUUAAUUUACCAUUUUUUACUAUUUGAGCGUGAGUUAUCUCCUCUGUUUGCUUAGAACUGGGUUUCUUUCCUUAGAUCUCCUGGCCUGUGAUGUCUCUUGUACCAAUAAAAAAAGAAUUAGACAGCAGACUAAUGAUACAAAAGUAGUAUUCGAUGCCCCAAAUGUCCCAUGGUAGAAAAGGUGUUCUACAUAAAUAGCAUGCCUGUCUUCCAUCAACCACCUCAAUAGAAGUUGAACCAUGCCAAGAGCCACUAUGUCAGGCAUAAAUAACACCACGAAAGGCUGGCAUGUCUUCAUGGGAGAUAAUAGCUGCAGAAUCUGUCCGCUGAAUCAAAUUCUCAGCCACUUAUCCUAUUAUUUACUGUAUGGAAGCUGAUAUCAAGUUUAAUGACCCCUUGCUAACAUGAAACCAUUGAAGACCUGAUUUUUGGGCCACCCAAUGAUUGAAUCUCCUUAGCAACUAUAUUCCUCAAAGUGCUGUUUUCGUAUGUUCUGCUUUGUGCACUUCGGAGAUGAAUGGAUAAGAAUCCCACUUCUGCAAAGUUUUCUUUCCCGUUUUCUGCAAUGUGUUGAAUUUUAUUCGUUUUCUAUUUUUCAUUUUUGUUUUAUUUUGGACCUCAGUUUUAGAAAGAAUGCGCUGAACAUUUUACUUUCAUGAUUUCAUCUUAAUUAUUUCUUUCAUUCUUCAGUUCGAAUUCCAUGCUAUCUUUGUCAUUAUAAUGCUCAUGGCAUGAUUACAUGAUCUUGGGUCGUAUAGCAUGAUGUUAUUUUCCUACAUCUUAAAAAAUGAUUCUGCAAAGUACCAAUGAUCCAAAGUCCGUAAAAAAUAAGUUUUUAUUGUUCCUCAUUCGUGUAAUCACCAUCUGUGGAUUCUUUAUCCAUUUACCUUUUAUAUUUUUCAUGUAUCUAAGAUGAACUUCUUGUUUUAUCAUGGACAUUAAAAAAUUUUAUGCACAUCUGAUUGGAAUUGUUUUCUACGAAGGUCCUCAUCUGAUUGGCAGUUCAUAAAAGAAUUAUGAACUGCCAAAUUGACUUAUUUGAAGACUUACUUGACGUUUUCCCUUCCAGGAUUUAUCAUAAUUCUUUUAGCCUUGUUAACAGGGAGCACUCACAGAUGGAAGUGUUUUUGACUCCAGCUUUGAGCGAGGCGAUCCCAUUGAAUUUGAACUUGGUAGUGGUCAAGUAAUCAAAGGUAUAAACUUUGGACAUCUUCAGGGCUCCUAUUUUUGUUCAGUUUCAUUUGCCACAAGCAUAGAUAUAAAUGCGCGGUCUAUAAAGUGCAUACAAACUCUUCUUGUAUAUUAAUUUUCGGAUAAACCCUUUGUCUGUGUGCAAGUUUCUUUGGCGAUCUGUUUUUUAUAUUAUUAAAAUAGAAAUUAAAAUAUUAGUGAGGCAGUUUGUAUCCUUCUUUAUCACUUUUUUUUCUUUACGGUGAGGAGAGUGGUCAUUACAUCAUAACUCUUAAUAUGGAUUGGCCUAAUUGGCCCAUAUUCUAAAUAGCUUGCUAACGCACUGUGAGAGUUGGCCUAUCGGAUCCAUAUUCUAUCAAACUCUCUAACAGCUAUAAUCUUAAAUUUCUGUGCACUUGCUCAGAGAUUUCCAAUGGAGUGAGUUUUGAUAUUUUUUUGGCCUGUUUUGAAUCCUAAUUGUUUGAUUUGGUUAAGCCUAUUUAUAUGCGAUUUUUAAUUUUCUAUGUAUUCUAAGCUGUCAGUGAAAUAUAAAUCUGGAUGGAAGGCAAUGCCAGAAAAUUUGAUGUUAUCAGCAAGGUGCUGUUGUAUUCAUCGUCAUUAUUAUUAUGAAACUUCACCCAUCAAUUUGGGAUUCAUCAUUGCACCUUGAAGCAUCACUAUUGCCGUUUUCCACUUAGUUGUUUGCUUAGACCUUGUUGUAGGCUAUAGAAGCUGGCCUUUGACAAGAGCAUGAAAAAGCUUCCUAUAUUGUGCCAUUUUGACUUUUUCCUAAAGUGGGUAGCAGGCCAUGGAAUCAUUAAACAAUAAUAAGAGACCGUGUACACGUCCUGUAGGAUUUCAAAACCUCUCCUAUACAUCAGAUGGCGAUUAUCUCGGAAAUAACAGAUUCGUUCACUUCACUGAAAAAAUGUUCUUUGUCUGCUCAUUCACAGUUACUGAAAAUUCCAUUUGGAGAACUGGCGGGAGUUCAAUUGCAUGUUGUAUGUUUGUGCGUUUUGCUACAUUUAUCUUUGUCUACGUUUUCUAUUUUGUAUGUUCUUGCGUGGAAUAAACAAAAGCCACACGAACAGAAUGACUCCCGUUUGAAGCCUGAAUUCUAUGGUUAUUGUUCCUGUGAGUCAACAAUUCCUCCAACCUUCAAACGGUGUUUACACUAGAACUGUUCCUCUUCCGUAUGAAUAUCUACGUAUUGUUAGGGUAGGUUGAAAUGCGAUUCCGGUGAAAGAUGAAAAGAAGAUGUUGCAUGAAUCGAUUAAACUUAAAAAAUCAAUGUCUUUCAGCUCUGCAAAUCUGAUCACAGCUAACAUCAUGAUUUCUACAGGAUGGGACCAGGGGAUUCUGGGAAUGUGUCUGGGGGAGAAGAGAAAGCUUAAGAUUCCUGCAAAACUCGGCUAUGGGGCGCAGGGAUCCCCACCAAAGAUCCCAGGUGAGUCCAUAUUUAUCAACCUUAUUCGCGCUCUAUCUCCUACUCUUCCGAGCAUUGAUUUCCGAGAAGAAUCUUCCUUCCCUCUGCAUUCUUUGAACACCUCGAAUUCUUUCCCAUACCAGACUGUAUGUGGGGCGUUUCUAUUUAUGUACUUGUUCUUGCACUAUCUCCCACUCGUUGGGAACUGAUUUCGCCGGCAUAAAAUUAGAAAACAAGGCCAAAUUAAGCAGACCCUUCCUUCUUCUGGUGGGCGUUUCUUUUCCAUCAUCUUCUUUUAUUCGUUGACCAUAAAAUUAGCGAGCUAGACAAGAAUUUGUAGAUCCUUCUUCUGGUGAGUCAUUGAAUGCGUUGAAUUCUUUCUCCAUAUGGCAGGUGGGGCGACUCUGGUUUUCGAUACGGAGCUGGUCGGCGUGAAUGGCAAGACUCUCGAGGGUGGGAAGACGGAGCACGACAGCGACUUAUAA